AUGGCAGCAUCAACAGAACCAUUGACCAACGGCGAGCCUCCGCAAGGUGAUGCAGCCGUCGAGACGACUUUUCUCAUCGUGGGUGCUGGACCUGCAGGAGCCUCAUUAGGCUGCUUCCUGGCUUCCUACGGAUUGAAAGGUAUAAUUGUCGCAGCUGCUCCUGGAACUGCGAAGGAACCCCGAGCACACAUCACGAAUCCUGCGGCAUUAGAAUGUCUUCGAGAUAUUGGAUUGGAGGAAGAAGCAAAGAAAAAUGCUACUCCUGGAGGCUGCAUGGCACAUACUCGAUGGUGUCACGACAUGGCUGGCGAGGAAUUCGCUCGGAUCUAUUCGUGGGGAAACCAGCCUGAUCGUAAAGGAGACUAUGAGGCUGCUAGUCCUUGUAGACAUGUUGACUUGCCUCAAACUCUACUGGAACCGAUACUUACCAAAUAUGUCAUCAAUCAUGGCUGGACUGUGCGGUUUGACACUCCUUUUAUCAGUUACAAUCGAGAAGGCCCCACAGGUCCUAUUGUAUCCACCGUCAAGGACAAUCUUACGGGAAAGACAUACGAUAUCAAGUCCAAAUAUCUGUUCGGCUGCGAUGGAGCUCGAAGCCAGGUGAUGAGGCAGCUUGAUUUGCCGCUGAUCAAGUCUCCGGGACAAGGUCUUGCUCUGAACAUCUUGGUCGAAGCAGAUCUAUCGAAGCUCAUGACAAAUCGCAUUGGCAACCUCCACUACAUCACGACUCCAGACAUUGAGCAUCCACCUUGGGGAUGGUCGUGUGUUCUGCGGAUGGUGAAGGUUUGGCAUGAGUGGAUGUUCAUCAUGCUGCCCGAGCCGGGCUUUACGGAUUUCAGCAUAAGACCAAGCCAUGAGGAAUACGAAAAGCGAGUGCGACAGAUGAUUGGAGAUGAUUCCAUUCCCAUCAAGAUCUUAGACGCUUCCAAGUGGUACAUCAACGAAAUCGUUGCCGAGAAAUAUAGCGAUGGCAACAUAUUUUGCCUAGGAGAUUCUGUUCAUCGACAUCCGCCUUUCAACGGUCUUGGAAGCAAUACUUGCAUUCAAGACGCUUGGAAUCUGGCCUGGAAGCUGGCGUAUGUCGAGCGUGGACUUGCAGACCCAAGCCUCCUUGACACCUUCACUCUGGAACGGCAGCCCAUCGGAGCCGGCGUGAUUAAAAGAGCGAAUCAAGGUCUCCGUGAUCAUGGACCAGUCUGGGAUGCUCUAGGUGCCCUGUCCCCAGACGUGGAGGAGCGGAAGAAACAGCACAAUGAAUUGAAAGCUGCCACGCCUGAAGGUCGAGCUCGACGAAAAAGAUUCAACGACGCAAUAGCGUAUACCACGCAUGAGUUCGGGGGCAUCGGGAUUGAAAUGAACCAGAGAUAUGAGUCGAAUGCUGUAUACUUCGACGACGAAAAAGAACCUCCCCGACCUGCCCCGACAGAUGCUGUGCUGGAACAUCAGAUAUCAACGUAUCCUGGCUCAAGACUACCACACGCAUGGUUGAACACGCGUGCGCCUCGAGAACGGAUCAGCACUAUUGACCUCGCUGGUCAUGGAGCAUUUUGUGUCCUCACUGGCAUUGGAGGUGAUGCUUGGAAGAAGGCGGCUCACGAUGCGGUGAGAUAUCUUGGGGUCAAGAUCAAUGCGUACUCGAUUGGUUGGACUCAAGAUUGGGAAGAUGUGUAUGGUGAUUGGGGUCGACGGAGAGAGGUCGAAGAGGAUGGGUGCUUGUUAGUGAGGCCUGACAGGACGAUCGCCUGGCGUAGCGUGAGCAUGAGGGACGAUGCUAGUGCAGCACUUGGGAAAGUUCUCAAGGCAAUUCUCGGGCGGGCAAAGUAG